AUGCUUGCAGAGUUUCUUGCAGCAAGAAGGUACCUGAAGCAGAGGAGCCAACCAGGACAAGGGGACGCGAACUCUAGCGACGGAGGAUACUCGCUGAUCCCGCAGGAGGAAGUCGGGCAGAGCCCUGGCUCGUGCUCCAACCUCGAGGAGGAAGAAGUCGAUGCGGACAAGGAAGGGUCGCCCAAGGAGGAGGGAGGAGUGACGUUGAGCAGCCACAAGAGGAUCCUAUGGCGGUUGUUCGGCCUGGCCAUGCAAGAAUGGUCCUACCUCGCCCUAGGGCUUGUCUUCCUCGUGGCCGCGUCCAUCUCGCAGGCUCUCCUUCCUCGCCUGACGGGCGACGUGAUCAACAGCAUCGUCAUCGACAAGUCGGAAGAGGACAUGGAGGAGGCGCUGAGGAGUCUGACCUUGUUCUCGCUCCUCUGCGCGCUCUUCUCCGGCCUGCGAGGGACGUGUUUCUUGGUGGUAAACACCAAGAUGAACAUCAGGAUAAGGAAAGACCUGUACCAGUCCAUGCUCAAGCAGGAGAUUGGUUUCUUCGACCAGAACAAGGUCGGAGAUCUCACGAGCAGGUUGUCGUCGGACACAAACAAGAUGAGCGACCAGAUCGGCCUCAACCUCAACGUCUGCCUGCGCAGUGUCGUGCAGAGCAUCGGCCUGCUUGCCUACAUGCUCCUCUCCCAAUGGCGCCUCACCCUGGUCACCUUCAUUGCCGUCCCUCUCGUCUCCCUCCUCUCCAAGGUCUACGGCCACUACUACCACCUCCUUGCCAAGGCUGUGCAGGACCAGCAGGCGAGGUGCAACGCGGACGCGGAGGAGGUGAUCGGGUCGAUGAGGACUGUGAGGUCGUUCGGGUGCGAGGAGGAGGAGGUGCGCAGGUAUGAGCAGGAGCUGCAGGAGAUCCUGCGGCUGGGGAUCAAGCAGGCGUCAGCCUACACCGGCUACAUGUUCUGCUUCACGGGAGCUCCGCUACUGGUGACCGUCGCCGUCCUCUACUUCGGGGGGCACAUGGUCUUCACCCACCUCCUUCAGCCCGGCGACCUCGUGGCAUUCGUCUUCUACCAGCAGAGCCUCUCCCAGGCCAUCAACAGCAUCGGCGACGUUUACGCGGGGCUGAUGCAGGCGGCAGGGGCAGCCGACAAAGUCUUUGACAUCAUUGACAGGAGGCCUGCUACCUGCCCUCCCUCCAGCUCCUGCUCCUUCUCCUCUGCCUCCUGCUCCUCUCCCACCCACUCCUCUCUGCUUCUCUCUUCCUCCAGCGAGCUUUCCAAGGAGCAGCUCCAGGGCUCGAUCACUUUCCAAGAAGUCUCCCUCGUCUAUCCCUCCCGCCCGGACGCGCUCGUCCUCGACCGCGUCUCCUUCCACAUCGAUCCGGGGCAAGUCGUCGCGCUCGUCGGCUCCUCGGGCAGCGGGAAGAGCUCCUGCAUCUCGCUCAUCGAGAGGUUCUACGAGCCGACAGGAGGAGAGGUCCUCCUCGACGGCCUGUCCCUCUCCUCCUACGACAACUCCUUCCUCCGCCGCCAUAUUUCCCUCGUCGGGCAGGAGCCCGUCCUCUAUGCCCGGAGCCUGCUGGAGAAUAUCGCCUACGGCCUGGGACGGGAGGUGGAGGAGGCAGAGCUGCGCAGACGGGUCACCCUCGCAGCCCGGCAGGCGUGCGCUGACGAGUUCAUCAUGAGGAUGGAAGACGGGUUCUCAACGCAUGCGGGAGAGAGGGGUAGUCACCUCAGCGGGGGGCAGAAACAGCGCAUUGCCAUUGCUCGUGCGCUGGUUCGAAAUCCCUCGAUCCUCCUGCUGGAUGAAGCAACGAGCGCCCUCGACACUGCAAGCGAAGCACAGGUGCAGAAAGCGAUCGACGAAUCAAUGAAAGGGAGAACGGUCCUCGUGAUAGCUCAUCGCCUCUCAACGAUCCAGCGAGCUGACAAGAUCAUCGUCCUUUCCAACGGCCUCGUCGUCGAGCAAGGGACGCACAAGGAGCUGUUGGAGGCGGGAGGAGCGUACGCUGAGCUCGUCUCGAAGCAAGUGUCCAUAGACUGA